AAAACCCACAAGCCAUAAUCAAAUCGAAAGAGGAGAGAAAAAGAGAAGGAAGAGACUGGUGGUUCCCUAAAAUGGCUGACAACAAAGAAAUCAUUUCCCCAAAGUAUGACCUCGAUGCCAAAUGGGACGCUUGCCUUGAUCUCACCGUCCGCCGCUUCGUCUACUCCUCAUUUGCCGGUGCAUUUGGCGGUCUCCUGUUUUUCAGGAGUCCUUUGACUCGAUGGGCAUCCAUUGCUUUUGGUGCUGGAGUUGGAAUUGGCUCUGCAUAUGCCGAAUGCUCUCAUCUGUUUGAUGGACCUCCAACGAAGUUAGCCCUACCUAAGGUUUCAGAGACUACCACCCCGGAUGUGCAGGGCUCUGAGUAGAUGCUAUAAGUAUACCGCUUCCUGAUUACUGGAUGUGAAGCAGAAUUUUCUUGUGAUUGUUGAUGGUUCCUUACUGUUAUUGCUCUUGAAAGUGUUGCACUACCAUGAUUUCAUAAAUGAACAUCACGUAUGCGUAUGUCAUUCCCAAGCUAUUAGGUUUUUGUUCUCCAGUAGUCUUGCGCAAUGUUUACGUGGUGAUGGAUAAAAAAAAUUCUUCUUCAGAUUUAGUUUCUGUUGCUUGACUAUAAAUCUGAUCUAGUGUAUUUUUGCGCACCAAAUUUUUAAAAAAAUUGGAUUGGCGAUGGAUGUGACAAUAUUCAGGCGAAGAUUCAAUCAGUUCAAUUGGCUAAGUCAAUGAAGUGGAUAAAUUGAUAAAUAAUGUAAUAUUGAUAAAUAUAUUGACAAAUUAUAAAAUACAAGUUUAAUU